AUGCGCAACAAAUGCAAUGAACACACCAAUCAUGGAUACGGUGCAGUUGUUGGUACAACGACUGAAGAUUUGACGACGUACAAAAUAGUUUCGAACACUAUUUAUACUAUAAAACAUACACGGGAUAUAUUAGCGUGUUCACCUGGACUUAGUGGAAACAACUGUAGCAUUCCGUGUCGCUAUCCCAGUUUUGGCCAUUUCUGUCAGAGCAAAUGCAACUGUAACAACUCCAGUUGCAACGCUGUAACUGGUUGUAUUGGUAAAAUGCUCAUGUUUUCUUCCACGAAUUAUUCUCUUUUAGUGGGCUCUCCAACGUUACACCCUGUUUCAAAAUCGUCACCAGUCGUGGAGUCAUCUCAUUUCCUUGAUAACAAAAUCACAACCCCAAAACUUUGCCCAGUUGGGUACUUGGGCGCAGAAUGUGAGAAAACUUGCAGACAUCCGACCUACGGUAGUGGAUGCCAGAUGAAGUGUAACUGUACAGAAGAACUUUGUGACCACGUGAAUGGAUGUAAGAAUAUUACUAUUGAACGUUAUAACAGCUCUGAAUUUGACAAAUUUUGUUCCUGCAUGAAAGUAUAAAUGUUGUGUAAAGUUAAGUGGUUGACUAUUUAUGACUUUUUCUUGAUAUUUGUUAAGUGUUUAGUAAUAUUACAAUUUAAAACAGAAGAUUAAAACAUAGUUUAAUUUUUUUCCAUCUACUAUUCUUUUUUUCAUCGUAGUGUCUGGGGAGGGGGAAUUUAACUUUUUCAUUUUUUUAAAUGUCUACUUAUCUUUCUUGUGUGAAUU